AUGAAUAAUGGUGGGUCUUAUGAUAUCCGUCAGGAUCCAUACUACUACAGCCAGAAUAGAGCAGAAGAGCAUCAAUUCUUGAAUAGGCAAAACCCGCAAUACUACUCUCAAAGACACGAACCAGCUCAUUUCCAUCGAAACGAACCUCGAUUUCAAUCCUCUCGCCCGGCAGCUCACCAACAGCGAAUUCGUCCUCCGCCCGUACCUCGUCACACAAAACCUGCCUCUAAAUACAGUUACUACCCGCAGAAUGCACCUCUUUACGAGCGACAAAUUGAAAGCUCGCCGCCAAGGUCCAACGGAAUGGAUACAAUCGUACCACCACCUCCUCCUCCACCAUCUUUUAACCGCUCUCCUCAUCGAAUGCACCCUCACCAAUCAGUCUAUGAGGAGAAUUACGAUGACGGGAGUUACCUCGAGCCCCGAGCAGCAAUGCACAACUUCGAAAGCUCCUCUCAGCCGCCAGCUUCUAACUCAGUUUGGAUUCAAAGUCAAUUUUGCUACACAAUCGGCUAA